AUGAGCAAUCCAUUUUCCAAGCGAAGAAGAGUAGACGGGGAGAUCAAUCGGGAGGUACUUGAUUUUGAUUUUGCCAAGAUAUGCCUGCAGACGCUAUCGUCGACCAAUGUGUAUGCGUGUUUGGCGUGUGGGAAGUACUUUGAGGGGCGGUCACCGUCGUCGCCGGCCUAUAAACACGCGGUGUCGACCAACCACCAGAUGUAUAUGAGUUUUGCCACUGAAAAGUUUUAUGAGCUACCUCAGGAUCGGGAGGUGCUGCCAGUUCAGGAUGUGAUAGACUACUAUAAUCCCAGGUAUACUCCCCGCGAUAUAGACCUCCUUCCUAGGAUAUCGUUUGAUUUGCACAAAAAGUACCUUGUUGGGUAUGUUGGGUUGAAUAAUAUUAAGAAGAACGACUAUGCGAAUGUGGUGGUGCAGGUACUAGCGCAUAUUGAACCGGUCAGGAACUAUUACUUGUUGGAGACGCCCACAAACCCCUUGAAUGUGCAUCUAGGACUCCUUAUUCGAAAGAUGUGGUCGCCACACUUGUUCAAGAGCCACAUCGCGCCCCACGAGUUUAUGAAUAGUGUAUCAGAGGAAUCAAAGAAGAGGUUUACGUUGGAGAAGGGGCACCCGAAACUGUUUUUGCUCUGGCUAUUGAAUAGGGGUGGGCCGUAUGAGUGUUUGAGGGGGAAGGUAGAGGUGACGAGUACGCCGAUAGUGCCACACGAGGGGAAGGACAAGGUUUAG